UCUCGGAUUCGACAUUCAGUAUGCGCACAGUCCGUAGCCUUGUUGUGUUGUCGACCAUCGCGUUGUCCACAGCGGACGAAGCAACGACGUGUGAAAAACACGAUUUGAUGGCUGUGCUUGGGGUGGCCAUGCUGCCCGCUUGGCCGAAUUGUUCGCAAGCUAUGGGGGCUUCCGAUGCGACUGCUCCAGCGCUUGACCUCGCCGUGGAUUCUGCCAUGAGCUUGACAACAUUUUGCAACACACCCGCGUGCGUCCAAAAUCUACAGGCCCUCUACAUGAACUUACCGAAUUGUGUUGGCCCUAACGGCCUCAACAUCCAAAAACUCAAUCUUUACACGAAGGACAUCCUCUGCGACACGCUGCCCCCUGCGCUGCUCACCCAAUUGCCGUCAGAGCGGUGCACGGAAGUGGACCUUGCGGUGCUCGAGUUCCUGUGGAUGUUUCCUCCUUGGAAGAACUGCACCUCGAAACUCCUGGGACCCCCCCUGGCCCAGCUUAUGACGGGCAACGCUUCGCAAACGGCCGCGUUUUGUGCUGCUCCCGCUUGUGUUGAAUAUGCCAACAGCAUUUUCCAACGCAUGCCUAGCUGCACCAACAACUCAACUUUGCAAGUGGGCUGGGCGAACCUUGGCGCCAACUCCAAGUCCGACCUGCUUGCCAAGCUGUCGGCAACCUGUACACCCACAAUCAAAAGUACAGCAAUGGGUACUACCGGUAGUGCCGCAUCGCUUCGAGCCCUUGCGUUUGUGGCAAUGGGGGUGGCUUUCGUGCAUUUUUAACCUGCCGUAAAUGACAAUGCAAGAAAUUCACGCGAUUUGUUUA